AUGGACUUUGUGGACGUUCUCUCGCCACGAUCAGCUGCUAAUGCGAGCAACUCAGCAACUCAUAUUACCGUUUCAGUGUGCUGUCCACUGCUCUCGACGAGUUCAUUACCGAAGCGAGCUCCUAGCAAUACGACAGAAUUCCAACAGUGUACAAUUCUGCAACGAGUAUCGUCCACCUGCCCAACAGAUGGAUUCGUCUUCUGCAGCAGCGCUCAACAAACGAACCCGACGCUGAUGCAGAUCGAAUUCUUCGACGCCAAUGGAGCAGUGGUGCGAACAGUGACCGGCGGACCACCAACACUAGUCGUUCGAGUUUAUUGUGUGACCGGUGUUUGGAAUGUGCGACAAACUGCUACCUCCACUGUGAACGUUCCUAUUGCUUCGGUGAGUCAAGCUGGGGAAGGAUCACCAUCGAGAAACCGAGAAAAAAGCGCUUAA